AUGGAUCUCCGGAAAGGAUACUACCAAGUGCGCAUCGCGGAGAGGGAUGAGCCAAAGACAACGUGGGUGACCAUAUAUGGAGCAUACGAGUGGUUGCGUCACAUUGGAGGAGCACGUGGAGCACUUGAGGAGAGUCUUCCAAGUCCUACGGGAGAACCAGCUUUAUGUCAAGCGGGAGAAGUGUGUGUUCGCCCAGCACGAGUUGCACUUCUUAGGCCUGUUAUCAGCAAAGGGGAACUACGAAUGGACGAGGCAAAUAUUCGGGCGAUGCAGGAGUGGGAGGCACGCACAAAGGUGAUCGAGCUACGAUCCUUCCAUGGACUUGCGAACUACUAUUGCAGGUUCAUCAGUGUCUACUCCUCUAAAGCUGCUCCGCUGACCAAGGUGUUACAGAAUAAUAAGUCGUGCGUUUGGAGCGCGGAGCGCCGAAGAGCGUUCGAAGGUCUUAAGACCAAAGUGACGACGAGUUGGUCUUGA